ACCUGCCUUUGGGGCUGCCACACACACAGAGCCCCCGGGGGGUCCCGCAGUGGCUGUGCCCACCUCUGGGUGCUGCCAGAGGGAAUUGGGCUGCACAAGAACCGUGUCCCCACUUGUUGUGUCCUGAGGGUGUUCCUGCAGGAGUGUCAGGUGUUGUAGGGGCCUUGAAAGGGUAACUGGAGGCACCCUCAGGGACAUCACUGGUGUGGUGGGUCCGUGGAUGCUGACCCCAGCCCAGGGCUGUGCUGGGUGCUGAGUGCAGAGCCCAGCUGGGACCAGGGUAGGGUGGUGGUCCCCAGGCCACAGUGCACACAGUCUUCCCAGUUUCAGGGUGGCACUGUCCUCUUGCCUGGGUGCUACGCCAGCCGCAGCUGCAGUCAGCCAGGGCUGCCACAGUGGGAUUGGCACAGGCUCUGCCUCCUCUCUGCUGCUGGGGUCUGCCAGAGCUACCUUGGUGACUUGCCAGGCUUCCCUGCAAGUGGUUACCCACCAGUGCUCCUUGGGAACCCUCUUUCCUGUGCAGGGCUUUGGACGAGCUGACCACGCUGUGACCACAGAGAAGCUGAAGGCCGAGUAUCCCGACUACGAGAUCACCUGGGCAGAUGAAGGGUACUGACUCCUUUGUCUGUGAUGCCAGCCCAGAGCUGACACAGCUGGACACAGCACCGGGGCGGUGGCAGCAGGCUCCCCACGCUUGAUGGUGCUCCAGGCUCUCCUGAUUUUCUUCUACAUUGAACUCGCCCAUUCUCCACCAUCACUGGACUGUCCCCAUGCUGGGUGCUCCCACCUUCCUGGAAUGGCAAAGCUGGUGAAGCCAGUGGUUGCUCUGUCCCAGCCUCCAGGUGCCAGGGGCUCAACCCACAUGUAUCUGUGAGAAUUAAAGUCGUUGGGGGAGCACAGCUGCUCUGGUGGCCAUGCUCAUGGCUCGGCUGCUCCUUCCCAGUUCUGGGACUGCCUGUUGAAAGUGGAAGGGACCCCCCAGGUUUUCUGCCCCUUGAGGGGGGCCUGGCAUGGGAGCAGGUACAGUCUGGGGUGGGAACAGCAAGAGGUGUAUCAGGAUUUGCCUUGGAAAGGGCUGAGAAGAGGGAGAGGAAAGCAGUGCCCACACCUGGGGGAGGGAAAGGCAGGGUAGACCUGGGGGAAGACCAGCCCCAUCUCCUGUGGGGAGGGAACUGAGCUGCCUGGCAACAUGGUUGGGAAGCACAUGCCCAUUCCACACCUGGAGGAAGAGCAUCCUCCCUGCCUUCAUCCCUCGGGACCAGCUCUUGUCCCUCAGAAUUUCCCAGGAAUUCUCCCUUGCUUGUGUUUCCAGUAAGAAGUGAUGGGGGGGACUGGGAAAAGCUGCUGGAGGCUUCAGUGGCUGGAGAGCUCCAGGGAGAUGUGGAGGCUGGGUUGGUUCAAUCGCUGUCCCAUGUGGGGCUGGGGCUGGAGGAACUUCCCAUCUCAGUUCCAGCCCCAUUUCAUUGUCUGACUCUGACCCUGUGUGCUCCAAGCUGCUGCCUGGCCAUGAUCCUGCUCUACUGCCUCGUCCUUAUGCCUUCAGGGAUGUGGGCUGCUUCCUGUGCACCCAGAGCCAUGCAGGAUCAGCUCAGCCUGUGCCUGUGUCCCUGUGCCCUCCUGCCAGGGCUUACCUGGGUGACAUCCCCUUAUACCUUCUCCAAGCUGGGCACGUCCAGCUGAGCCUCUCCUUGUUGGAAGUCCAGUCCCAUCAUCAUCAUCAGAGAAUCUCCUGUGGAGAUACUCAAAACAUAUCUGAACACAUCCUCAAGGAUGUGUAGUAGUACUCUUGUGGAGUAGAGGGGUAGGAUGGGGUGACCUCCCCUUGUGCCUUCCAUUCUGUACUGUCCUGCAAUCAUCAUCACUGCCCCUGGCUCGAUCUGCUCCAGUAUGCCCACGUCUCAUACUGGGGCCACCAGCAUCUCCAGUGCAAAGGGGAGGGGUCAGAUCUGUGAGAGAGGCUCUGCCCAUGGCACCCAGGAGGCCGUGGCACUGGCCUGUGGCCAGCUUGGUGCUGCCAGGUUCUCGGGCAGGGUUCCUGCUCUUCAGCAUGCCUGGGCUGGGGGAUGUGGGGCUGCUGGUCCCCACUGGGCCUGGCUGGUGCUGGGAGAAGGAGCUCAGCCUGUGUUAAAACUGCCCCUGAUGCAAUCCUGCUGCAAUCUGCCUUCCAGAGCUGUCAGCUCAGUGGGAGGAUCUGCUCAGUGGGGCCCCUCUCAGGGCACAGAGGCUGUGGCAGCAGAGGUGAGAGGGGUCCUGUGGUGUAGCAGUCCCUGCUUCCCUUGCCCAGCUGAGGAAACCGGUGGGGUUAGUGGUUGCCAUCGCCAAGCAACACUGAUAGUGAUCUGUGGGGCUCUAGCUGACAAGCUGUACUUUCAGUCUCAUCAGCCCUUUCUGGGGUGCUGCUGGGAAUGUUCUGCCCAGGAAUGACCUGGUUGUGGCCCUGGAGCUGUGUCCCUUCGCCCAUUGGAAGUCCUGAUCUGGGUGCUGAGAUGCUCCUGCCAGCUGGAGCAGAGCAGGCAGGGUGAGGACUGGUUCCUCCCGAUGGCAUCUUAGGAUCCCCAGGCUCCAGGGAGACCUUAGAGCCCCUUCCAGUGCCUAAAGGGGCUCCGGGAGAGCUAGAGAGGGAUGUUGGACAAGAGCUUAGGGCAAGACAAAAGGGAAUAGCUUCCCACUGCCAGGGGGCAGGGUAAGAUGGAAUGCUGGAGAUAUUUGUGACUCCCAGCUCAGCUGUUCUCUCUGGCCAGAGUGCAGCCCACUGCCAAACCUGCACCCAAAGUCUCCCCCACUCUCUUCAUGCACAGGGACUGGCAGAGCCCUGAAGUCCCUGCCAGAGGUGCCAGCUCUCCCCACAGGGCUGGCAGCAUCCCUGGCUCAGCAGAAAGUGUCCUCAUCCCUCACCAAGCCGGCACGUUCCAGUGGGCUGUGCCCCGUCCCAGUCAGAGUUGCAGCCAGCGUCUUCUUCUGGGUGGAAAGCGAGCUGAAGAAGAGCUGUUCAGCGGGGAAAAGUCAAAGGUCUCCCUGGGGCACCUGGCUCCAGCCCCUGUUGUGGUGCCGGUGGUGCUGCUGACAGGGUUGCACUGCGCUGUCCCAGCCUCGCCAUAAACCCGCUGCCCGGCCAGGAAAGCGAUAACAGCGGGGCUGAAGUCCAAGGCAGGCAGGUCCUGGGGAGCACAUUCCAGCCCGGGGCUGACGGUGUGGCCUCUCGCAGCUCCGUUUUACCGUCGCGGUGGCCGGGAUGGCUGCAGGCAGGCAGGCGAUGCUGGCCCUCCUGGUGCUGCUGGCCAGAGCCGUCCUCCCCAGUGGGUCCGUUGUCCUCAACAGCUGCAACAGCGUGGCUGAGCAGCUCUGCAACUUUGUCUGUGACUGCAGUGACUGCUCGGAUGAGAACCAGUGUGGGUACUUACGGGGCUCAGCAGUGCUGGGCACCCCCUUCACCUGUGACUUUGAGGACAGUGACUGUGGCUGGCAGGACGUGAGCACCUCGACGUAUGGAUGGGUGCGAGGCCGGGCCAGCCUGGCCAUGUGGGGUGUGGGGCCUCAUUCAGACCACACCAUGGGCACUGACCUGGGUUGGUUCUUGAUGACCAUGUCCCCCCCAACAAAGACCACGGCCACAGCCUGGCUCAGGUCACCAGAGAUGCGGGAAGCAGCUGCCACAUGUGAGAUCAGAGCCUGGUAUCACCUCUCAGGGAGCUGUGAGCACACCCAAGGGCAGAACCAGACAGAGCAGCCGGUGCUGCGCCUGGCUGUGGCACACAAGGACGAGGUGGUGGGGCUGUGGCAGAGCCCCAGGCACUGCAGUGAGGGCUGGCACCAGCUGGUUGCCUACCCCGGCCGGAUCACGGAGCGGUUCCAGCUCAUCUUCUCCCUGACACAACCACCCACCUGCGGGGCACAGGUGGCACUCGAUGACAUCAUGUUCAGGAACUGUGGCUUACCAGGGGUCGGGCAGCAGGUCUGCGGGGCCCAGGAGAGCCGCUGCCCCCGCGGCUCCUGCCUGCCACAGCGCCGGUUCUGCGACGGCACCGACGACUGCGGGGACGGCUCGGACGAGGCCGCGGCGCAGUGCAAGAACUUCACCCGCUGCUCCUUUGACCGCGAUCUCUGUGGCUGGGAGGCAGCAGCCGGGUCACCAGCGUGGGGCAGGAACACGAGCCUGGACCUGGGCACCUCCUACGGCAUUCCCACUCGGGACCACAGCAACAGCAGCAGGGAUGGUUUUUUCCUCCAUGUGGGCAGCGGCCUCACUGCACGGGGUGGUGGCACAGCUCAGCUCAGCAGCCCCACUUUCCAAGCCACCAACUCCUGUUCUCUUGUGCUGUACUGCCACCUCCAUGGCUCAGACACCAGCAACCUCAGCAUCUUCUACGUGACCAACUCUACCAAGCAUCUGAUGAGGGAAAGAACAGGAGACCUGGGCAGCUGCUGGGUCCGGGAGAGAGUGGAUUUUAACGUGACAGAUCCCUUCAAGGUGCUGAUUGAGGGGGUGGCUGGCCGUGGGGGAACCGUGGCCAUCGAUGACCUGAUCCUGUCUCAGGGCUGUGUGAAGGAGCAGGAGAAGCCUCUGGUCAUGCUGCCACGCCAGGCAGAUGCCAGCUCCUGCGCAGCAGAUGAGGUGGCCUGUGACAAUGGGGACUGCAUUGCCGCAGAGCUGGCCUGCGACUUCGCUGCCACGUGCGCUGAUGGCUCCGACGAGAAGCUCUGUGGGACAACAACUUUCGAGUCAGGGACUGGAGGCUGGCAUGACAUCAGCGUGGGGCGGCUGCGCUGGGGUCUGCAGAAGGUCCCUGAAUCUGACAUCUUCCUCACAGGGACUUUCCUGGCCCUCCAGACAGGAGAAGGACAGAUGGUGGGUCCUGCAAAGGCACGAUCGCCUCUGCUGGGCCCCUCUGGCCCUGCCUGCACCAUGGAGAUGAGCUACCACAUCUACAGUGAUCCCCAAGGCUUCCUCGCCAUCAGUGUCACAGAUCACACCACUGGCACCACCCAGCUGGCCUGGCAGGCACAAGGUCGUGGCAGCACAACUGGGGGUCAUGUCCGUGUCCCACUGGGAGAGAGAAGCCGGCCCUUCCAGGUCGAGCUGCUGGCACUAGUGGAUCUCCAGAGCUCAGCGAGUGUCGGUGUUGACAACGUGACAUUUGAGCAGUGCUACCCCGAUGUGGUGUCACCCACAGCUGCAGAGCUGUCCUGCAACUUUGAGAGGGGCAUGUGUGGCUGGUACCAGGAUCUGUCCAGUGACUUCAAAUGGGUCCACAGCAUGGAGCAGGGACAGGGCUCUGACCACACCACUGGCUCAGGCUACUUCUUGUCCGUGGACCCCUCUGUGCCAUGGAGCCACGGGCAGCGGGCCCAGCUCCUCACCUCCCUCCAGGAGCCAGCCACUGCCCCACGCUGUCUCUCCUUCUGGUAUCGCCUGGCUGGCCCACAAAUUGGUACCCUGAACCUUAAGCUGUGGCCAGAGGGAGGGGAGGAGGUGGUGCUGUGGACCCGCCGAGGAACCCAGGGCAGCAUCUGGCACCGGGCAUGGGCAACACUGCCUGCCACGGGCCAGCAGCGGUACCAGGUGGCUUUCGAGGUGCUGCAUGAUGGUUUCCUGGGGGACGUGGGGCUGGAUGACAUCGCACAGACAGCGGGGCCCUGUGGGGCCGAGCUCUCCUGCUCCUUCGAGGCCGAGGGCUGUGGGCUGGCAGCCAGUGGAGAGGGCACCUGGCAGCGACAGAGCAACAGCACUGGCACCACCGCUGGCCCUGUGGCUGACCACACCACCGGCACUGCCACAGGCCAUUACAUGGUGGUGAACAUGGGCAGGGUCUUCCUGCCUGCAGGGCACGUGGCUACCCUCACCUCCCAGCCCUACCAGCCCUCCACGUCUGCCCAGUGCCUGGCCUUCUGGUACCAGCUGAGCACUGGGACCCCAGGCUCCCUCGGGGUGUAUGUGCAGCAGAGCAGGGCGAGGAGGAAGGUUCUGAGCAUUAGCACCAUGGAAGGGGACAACUGGCACCGCAGCCACAUCACUGUCCAGCCCGAUGGCGACUGGCAGGUGGUGUUUGAGGCAGUGGGAGCUGGGGGUGACCACGGAUACAUUGCACUGGACGACCUGCAUGUGUCGGAUGGAGCCUGCCCUGAACUAGCAUCCUGUGACUUCGAGCAGGACACUUGUGGCUGGAGCAGCCCCUCCAACCCCCGCUUGCACAGCUUUGCCUGGGGCUGGAAGAAUGGGAUCACCCUGGCCAAGUACCCUGGCCCUGAGCAGGAUCACACCCUGGGCAAAAGGAAUGGUCACUACAUGCACUUUGACACCAGCGUGCUGGGUGCUGGGGGCACCAGUGCCCUGCUGGAGAGCCCACCUCUGCCCAUGGCCACCGAUUCCUGCCUGCGCUUCUGGUACCACAUGGACAUCCCAGAGCACCUUUGCAGUGGGGAGCUGCGGGUGACGCUGCAGGGCGCCGCGGGGCAGCGCACGGUGUGGAGCGUGGCAGGGCACCGCAGCCGGGGCUGGCAGGGCGCCGUGGUGCCCGUGCACAGCCCCAGUGAGUUCCAGAUCAGCUUUGAGAUCACCACGUGGAGGUGGCCGAUGGAGGGGACAGUGGCACUGGAUGACAUCGUGUACAGCGCCAGGGUGGGCUGCCAUUCCAGCCCAGAGAGUCCAGUGGAAGAGAAACUCCCCGGCAGUUUUGUGACAGAGGUGGUGCUCAGUCUGCUCCUAGCCCUCGUCAUCGUGGCACUUGUGGCUCUUGGGGGCUGGUACUGGCUGAAACAGCGAGAGCUGGCGAGCAAGACACCGACAGAGAGCAGCAGGCCCCAGGGCUUCGACAACAUCACCUUCCGAGAUGACAAGGUUAUUAUAUCUCCAAGGGAGGAGGAUGAGUCUUGAAAUUAGCAGCCAGCAGCAGGAAUUGCCUGCUCCCCCAGGCAGACCACCCCUCGACAGGAACCCACGCUCCAUCAGUCGCCUGCUCUCUGCCCCCGGCACCGGGGAGCUGGCGACCCAGGGAGCCUGCCCCACACAGGGACACACCCCUGGCAUCACUACCUCCAAGUGUUCGGGAAAAGCGUUUUUGUUGUUUGUAACAUGAACUUUCUGCUUCCAAGACACA